GACGAGCUCAUCUGAACACAGUUCCUCUUUCAGCUGCAAACGUUUGAGUGCGGAAGAGUCCAGUGAAGUCCAGCUGAGAGAGAUACAGGAUUUGCUCGUGUGCUGGUCGUGUCAGGUGGACUGUAGGUCUGUAAAGAGCUCUGCAGAAGUCCUGUGGUGGUGUAGUUUUUGAGUAGCUGACAGAUCGGUCAGUAGAGCGGGUUGUAAGAGUGGUCAUAUCUGCAGUCGUGCUGUCUCUGUAUGUAGUGAGGAGGCUCUGUAACUCAGGAAGAAUGCAGGUUGGUUUGUAUAUGCUGCUUGUGCUCCACAUUGCUGAAGGCUGCAAACUGAAAGAUAGAAAGUUUGAAGAGAUUACUGCAUACACAGGAGGGUCAGCACUGCUGCCCUGUUACUGCACUGACCCACAAGCCACACCUGGGAGAUUUACCUGGAAGAAACUUUACACAGACAUAGACAUAUUGGAAGAGAUGUCCAGUGAAAGUGGUCAGUACAGAGACAAAUUUCAGCUGGUUAAUGGUCACUCUCCAGGAAAUCUCUCUCUACUCAUAUCACUCCUGACUGAAGAGGAUGGAGGAGAUUACAGGUGUUAUUUGGAAAGUCGAUACACAGACAUCAGACUCACAGUUAAAGGCUGCACUCUGACCAACUAUAAGACACCAUUACCUAUCACAGCUCAUACAGGAGGGUCAGUACUGCUGCCCUGCUCCUGCGCUGAGCUACGUGCCAAACCUAAGACAUUCACCUGGAUGAAAUACAUCAAUCAAAAGUGGGACAGGAUCCCCUUUGAAAGUGGUCAGUACAGAGACAGAGUUCAGCUGGGUAAUGGUCACUCUCCAGGAAAUCUCUCUCUACUCAUAUCACACCUGACUGAAGAGGAUGGAGGAGAUUACAGGUGUGAUGCUUUGCCAAGUGGAUACACAGUCAUCAGACUCACUGUUGAAGCAGCUGCUACACGAAAACCUACUCCAACACUUGACAGGAACAUUCAUCUGAAAACUUCAGCUGAACCUUCAACCACAAUGUCUUCUCAGAAAGGAAAGUCAGCACUGAAUGAUGCUGCUGGUGAUGCAGGACCUACACAGGCUCUGCCCUUUGUCCCCUUUGCCUUGGUCACUGUGAUCUUUCUUCACAUUAUAGUAGCUGUGGUUUAUCACACCAAGAGAACCAAAGUGCCAGAUGCUCCUACAAUUUACUACAGCCAGGAUGAUGAAGAUGGAGCAGUGAUUGUACAGCAGUGAAUAAAACCAACAGAGAUGAAACACAACCAAGCUUUCACACCAAGCUGUUGACUUUCACACCAGAUAAACAGACCAGCUCCUGGCUUUCUCAGCACAUCAACAGACCAGCUCCUGGCUUUCUCAUCGAAUUAACAGAAAAGCUACUGACUUUCUCACCGAAUCAACAGACCAGCUCCUGACUUUCUCAGCACAUCAACAGACCAGCUCCUGGCUUUCUCAUCGAAUUAACAGAAAAGCUCCUGACUUUCUCACCGAAUCAACAGACCAGCUCCUGACUUUCUCAACACAUCAACAGACCAGCUCCUGGCUUUCUCAGCACAUCAACAGACCAGCUCCUGGCUUUCUCAGCACAUCAACAGACAAGCUCCUGGCUUUCUCAGCACAUCAACAGACCAGCUCCUGGCUUUCUCAGCACAUCAACAGACCAGCUCCUGGCUUUCUCACCGAAUUAACAUACCAGCUCCUGGCUUUCUCACCGAAUCAACAGACCAGCUCCUGGCUUUCUCAGCACAUCAACAGACCAGCUCCUGGCUUUCUCACCGAAUCAACAGACCAGCUCCUGGCUUUCUCACCGAAUCAACAGACCAGCUCCUGGCUUUCUCAACACAUCAACAGACCAGCUCCUGGCUUUCACACCAGAUCAAUAGACUAGCUCAUGACUUUCACGCCAGAUCUACAGACCAGCUAUUAACUUUAAGGUCAGAUCAACAGGCCAGCUCCUGACAAAAAUAUAAAUAUUAUAUUGUCCCCAGUAACUUGCAGUUGCACAUUAAUAACACAUGAAAUAACAAUAUUACUACUGGUGUAAUAUUCCUAUGGAGUUCAUUUUGUGCCAAAUGUUUUAAAGAAAAUACUAAACUUCCUGUAAACGUAUAAGAUUUGAUAACUCCCCGAAUAUAACGGCCAACCAUGACAUGUCGACUUCAUUCCCUUCUGUUUCCUCACAGCAGCAGUAACUGGUAGCUGACAGUGAUCAGGGGUAUUUUCCACACUUUACUGUGUUUAGCUGGUGCAGUGUUUUCUCCCCACAGCUCCGCAGACUCAACACCUGCCUGACCAACACACCUGAUCAGCUCGUUAAUCAGUUGAUGAGCUGGAUCAGGUAUUUUAAUGUAAGGGAAUGUUGAAACCGUGUGGAACUGCAGGGCUGCAGAACCAGUUAAAUACUGAUACUGAACAGUUACCUAGUUUACACCUUAGCAGACACUGCUAGGCUAGUUAGCACUAGCAUCUGCAAGCUUGAAAGGAGGUAAAACUUUGGUCAACAGCUGAGCUGUACCCAAAAUACUAAAAAUAAUAAAAAUAAUAAUAAUAAUAAACCAACUACCAAGCAGACAAAACACAGAACAAAUUACAACAGGGGCUAGAAUACCCGCAAGCGAUAUAUCCAAACAGCACAAACAAACAUCAAACAUAUCCAACAAAUCAAACAAACACCAGCACUAGACUAAGGAAAUCACGGGGCUUAAAUACAAGAGGGCUAAUGACGGUUCACAAGACACAGGUGGUAAACAGGUGGAAACAAUCAAGGGCGGAGACGGGUAGGAAACCAAACAAAGAAGCACAUGGACAGGACAAUAAGGUUAAUAAAAGCACAUGGGGAGACUGGGAGGGGCCAGUUGUGACAAUAAUAAUGUUGGGCAUAUGAGCACAAUUCCACACUCAAUAUGAUGACUUGCACAAAGUGAACUCUAUAUAUUCACGGCUUCAAAUGGAUUACAUUAGUACAGUUUAUGUAAAUACACGUAUCAGCGUCACUUUUACUUGUUUGAUUACACAAAUGUAUCUUCAGUAACAGUAAUUAUUCUAGUAAUACUGUAUCUCUAUAUUAUGUUGAACUGCUGUUUUUUUCCAAAAGGCUUUUUCUGAUUGGACAUGCUGGCAGUGACCUGUAUUAUAACAGUGCUUACACUGCAGGUGAAUAACAACAUCUCCAUUUAUCUUUAGAAGACGUCUGUCUAUCUGUCUAUCUAUCUGUCUAUCUCUCUGUCUAUCUAUCUGUCUGUCUAUAUUCUGGAAAUACACAAUGAUAUUGAUCAAUAUGGUUUGAUCAGGCUACCAUGUUACAAAACAAAUAUUCCACAGUAACUUUGUAAAAGUUACACUUUAAAAUAACUGGACAGUUUGUGUUGUUCUUAUGAAGUUACAUUGGAAUGAUAGUAUCCAGUGAUUGUAAAAGCAUUUACAUACUUCUUAAGUUUCAUGUUGUUUAUUACUGAAGGAUUUGAUGCCAAACAUUGAGAAGGUUGUUGUGUCACAACACAAACACAAACAUAAACUCACUGCUACAGCUACAUAAAUGUAAGGAGUGUUUAGCUAAAUGGUCGUUAGUGUUUCCUGUGCAGUUAUAGUUUAUUAUAGUAUAUAAUAUAGUCUAUAAUUAUAGUAUAGUACAUGUACAGGGUUUGUGUUGUUAGCUGACAUUUUAAAAUUCAUAGGAAAAACAAUAAUAUGUAUCUGCCAUGCAUUCGGAACGUCCAAGGAAGGAAACUCCAUCUCUCAGAAUGCUCUGGGAGAUCAGGUGUCGGAACAGUCACAAAUGAACUCUUUCACAGGAUGCUCGGGAAUCUCACAUGACCUUCAACUCGCAACAGCGCACCUAUCAGCGAUCUCCGUCUCCUGACUAUUGAUAUGAUUCACCUGUGUUUGUAUCAUGUGACUCAGAGUAGAGUAGAUAAGCCCGGGCUUUACGUAGUAUCAUGGCGAAGUAUUGUUUCCCUGAGACUACUGAGCGUUGACCUAUUGAUCUGUUUGAUCCUGUGUUUCGACCUACUGCUCUGUUUGCUGACUUCUCGACUUCUGACUUGGCCUUUUGUACCUUUGCUUGUGUAUUUGGAUUUAUGUUUUCGACCUUUUGUCUGGACUUUGACUUCAAUGCUGUUUUGCCCCUUUUUGACUGUUGAUUUAAAUAUAUUAAAUCAUGCUCGUCUUUUAUCCGCACUCAUCUGAGAUUCUGUUAAUAUCUAUCUUCUAAGCUGCUUAUCUGUGCGGGUUGUUGAUGGUGCUAAGGAAUGGAAGAGGAGACAC